UCUUCCUUUUCAACAUGUCGGUGUACGGGCCAGUGGUGAAAAUUCACCCGGUGGUUCUCGCCUCCAUCGGCGACUCUUAUGAGCGGAGAAAUGAAGGGGCAAGUCGUGUGAUUGGAACCUUGUUAGGUACUAUUGACAAGCACUCUGUUGAGGUAACCAACUGCUUCUCUGUCCCCCACAAUGAGUCUGAAGACGAGGUUGCUGUGGACAUGGAGUUUGCUAAGAACAUGUAUGAGCUCCAUAAAAGGGUGUCACCCAGUGAGGUCAUCAUUGGAUGGUACGCUACAGGCUUUGACAUCACAGAACACUCUGUGCUGAUUCAUGAGUAUUACAGCCGUGAGGCCACCAACCCCAUUCACCUCACUGUGGACACGGCCCUGCAGAGUGGAAAAAUGAACAUUCGUGCCUAUGUCAGUGCUCAAUUGGGUGUGCCUGGAAAGACAGUUGGAGUGAUGUUCACCCCCCUGAGUGUCAAAUAUAUCUAUUAUGACACAGAGCGGAUAGGCGUGGACCUUCUCCAGAGGACACGUUUAGCUCCCAAUCGCGCCAAAGGCCUGACCUCUGACCUGUCACAGGUGGCCAGCUCUGCAUCCAGGGUACAGGACAUGCUGGCAACAGUGCUUUCAUACAUUGAGGAUGUGCUAUCUGGCAAGGUAACGGCAGACAACAGUGUGGGCCGCUUCCUGAUGGACCUGGUUAACAAGGUGCCCACCAUCUCAGCUGAGGACUUUGAAACCAUGCUCAAUUCUAACAUCAAUGACUUGUUGAUGGUGACCUAUUUGUCCAAUCUCACCCAAGCUCAGAUUGCCCUGAAUGAGAAGCUAGUGCUGCUCUGAGAGCUUGGGUUUUCUUUGGCGUGAUUAUUUAAUUUUUGUAUUUUUUUUUUUUGACUGAGAAGAAUAAAGAUGCCAUACAGUCACUAAUUAAUUUGUCAUUUUAGGUUCAAUCAAUGAUUAUUUCUCAAGCAUCCCAUGACCCCGAUUGGGAUAAGCAGCUUGGAUAAUGGAUGGAUGGAAUAGUUAUUUGUAAAUGGAAAUAGUUUGCCUUCUCCAUAAAGAUGAUUUACAUCACAGAAAUUUGUUCAGGGGGUCAUAAAAGGUUAAUGUAAUCUGUUUUAAUGACUUCAUGAUGACAUUGAUGCACUGGGUAUCUUAUAUUGUGUCAUUGUCCUUAUGCUACAGUAACUAAAUUUGCUAUAAUGGGUAGCUGUGACAUCUGAUUUAGGAGGAAGACAAUGCUAAGUAAUAGUAUGGUUUGCAUAGGUUACUGUUCACAUGAUUAUGACCUUUUGUGACAAUUAUGACUCAAAACAGUAAGGCAGAAAAUGUCAAGUUGUCUAAAAUUAUACUUUAAUAUUUAAGGUGACUUUAACAUGAGUCUCUUGAUAAAUACACAUUAAAUCAGGAUAAAGGUUUAAAAGCUUUGUGACAGGCUAUGCCUUGCCUGGGAGAACUAAAAUUAGUGCAAAACUGGGCAUGACAAAAGUCAUGUACAUUAGAGCCUGUCAAUGACUUGGAGUACAAUCAGCAAUUAUGAAUCUGCGUUGACAAUGAAGGCAGCUUGUAUUGCUGAGUGAACUGAAUAUAUCCCCACACUGAUCAGGGUU